GCGGGAACCAUGGAAUAGCAGUUAGCACGAACUGUUUUAUCAGUGUUGUCAUUUAUUUUACGAACGCAUCUUUACUCAUUAUUUCUUCAUGAAAAUGGUCAGAAGAUACGGCAAGCGAUCACAACCAGAAGAUGGUUUUCCGAAGGCAAAGAAUGCAGUGAACAGAAAUGAAAACUUAAAAAUUUGGUGGGUUUCAUGAAUUCUCAGAUGCAGCAAAGACACUGAUCAGAACAAAUUUAUUAAAGUGGUAUGAUGAAAAUAAACGAAGUCUUCCCUGGCGAAAUCAGAUCAGCACAGAGGAUGUGAACCAGAAGGCUUAUGCAGUGUGGGUGUCAGAGAUCAUGCUUCAGCAAACUCAGGUUGCCACAGUUAUUGAUUAUUACAACAGAUGGAUGACGAAAUGGCCAACAUUGCAAGAACUUGCCAAAGCUAAGCUUGAAGAAGUUAAUGAGAUGUGGUCUGGUCUUGGAUAUUAUUCCAGAGGGAAGCGUCUGCAUGAGGGAGCAAAGAAGGUUGUGAAUGAACUGGAAGGGCAAGUGCCAAAAUCAGCAGCAGACUUAGAGAAAAAGCUUCCAGGUGUUGGGAGAUACACAGCAGGUGCUAUUGCUUCCAUUGCUUUAGGAGAAAAAACAGGGGUUGUUGAUGGAAAUGUCAUCAGAGUUUUUUCUCGACUGAGAAUGAUUGGGGCAGAUGUCUCAAGUCCGGCAACUAUGGAUAAAUUUUGGGAGCUAGCAAAUGAACUUGCAGACUGUGAGAGAACAGGAGAUUUAAACCAGGGACUUAUGGAGCUAGGGGCCAUGGUGUGCACACCUAAAUCACCAAAGUGUUCUUUGUGUCCCCUUCAGGAAACAUGCAGAGCGUUUGCAAAGGUAAAUUUGGAAAAAAAGCAGGCAGCAGGACGGCUGAUAUCUAGAGAAUCUGACCAAUGUGGCCUUCUGGACAUAGAAUGUUUGGCUGAUGCAUGUCAGUGGUGUCUUCCUUCUGAUGAGCCAUGGGACAAAAGCUUAGGAGUACAGAACCUUCCACGGAAAGCAAAGAAAAAGGCACCGCGUGAGCAGAUGGCUGCUGUGACUGUUGUGUGCAAGCUAGGCAAAGACAGCCAGCAACAAUUCCUGUUGAUGAAGCGUCCAGAGAAAGGAUUACUGGCUGGUCUCUGGGAAUUUCCAAACUUUGAUGUCAAGGGAGAGGCAGAAAUCAGCACUAACUCUGAAGACAUUCUGCAGAGACUAAAAAAUAACCAUUCUGUGGAGGUUGCAAGUGCAGAAAAUGUGAAAACUGUAGGAGAUGUCUUGCACUUAUUCUCCCAUAUACACCAAACAUACUGUGUCACACUGGUGAGUGUAACAGAACAGAAUAUUAAGGUGACCUCUCAGCGACCUUGGCAGUGGCUCACAAAUGCAGAAGUUAAUGAAGCUGCCAUUCCAACAGCAAUGAAGAAGGUGUUCAGUGCAUGUAUGAAAGUGCUGGAAGGAAGAAAUGAUGUUCAGGGAAAGAAGCGGAAGAGAAAUGAAACUGGUCAAAGUGAUGCAAAGCAAAGAUCAAUCGACUCUUUCUUUAAAUGUAAAUAGUUACAAGUUCAAGAGAGGUUUUUUUUAAUAAAGAAAAAAAAGAUUACUUUUGUACAUAGUUUUUCUUGUUUUUGAGUCCAUAUUAAAAAGCAGGAUGUGACAUGAGAAUUGAGUCAUGU